AUGGAACACGAAACUCUGCCACAGGUGAAUGAACAGGAAGCAAAUUGCAAGAAGACAGAACUACUUCGACUAGAAAGUUGGGGCUCAAGUGGUAAACAAGGCGGAAGGAGAUCAAAAAAGUUCAAGCAAGUUCUUCUGGAUGCCGGAGAUGAAGUGGAGACAGUGGUGCGUACAAUGCAGGGGAUUAAAGAUCAGACGCGCGCUAUCUGCCAAGUUAGUAGCAACAAACCACUACUUCGUACGACCUGUAACCCACCUCAAGGUUCUGAAUCGCCAAUAGCCAAUCCUCUUCCUUCACGUGGUGUUCCUACAAAUUCUCAAGGCAUCUCUAAAAAUUCACAACGGAAGAAUCUCAACUCCACUAAUUUGGUGGAGCCAGGGAACAAUGGGGACCCACCUAGCUUUGUAGGAACCUUUUCGAUUUUAGAGGAUCCAAAGGUGGGGGCAUUUAUUAGACUUCCUUUUGAUCCCCGUUUGAAUAUUGCGGUACCUAAUCCAUGGGAUGAUAUAAACCCAAAUAGUUUAGGUUAUUUUGUAACGGAACCCCUCGAAAGCCCAGUGGAUGGUAAGGCCCAUUAUGAGUAUAGAGAUCAGGAUAGCCUUAUUGUUUUGGGCCAGAAUCCUCUUGAAGCUCAUUCACUUGUGAUCCAAGUUGAGCCUUUUAUGAAUAUGAACCAGAAUAAGGAAGAUGAGGGUGAAUUGACCUGA